AUGGCGGAGGAGGGCUCGGGCUGCCCGGUGCCCCGCCUGGCCUGGGCGUCCCUCCUGCGGGGUGCCUUUCUGCUAUUUCUCAUCGGUGUGGUCAGCACCAUGGUGAUCUGCUGCAUGCUCUGCAUCCGGAAGCCUCAGGAGUCACGGGAGGAUGACUCAGGGUGGGACAUAGCUGAGCUCCAGUUAAAUCACACAGGCCUGCAGCAGGACCCUCGGCUGCACUGGCAGGCAGGCCCAGCACUGGGCCGCUCCUUCCUGCAUGGACCCAUGCUGGACAAUGGGCAGCUGUGUGUCCAACGCGAUGGCAUCUACAAGCUACACAUCCAGGUGACACUGGCCAACUGCUCAUCCACGCGGACCACCACACCCCGAGAGGCCACCCUGGCUGUGGGCAUCUGUGCCCCCGCCACCCGCCGUGUCAGCCUGCUGCGUCUCAACUUCUACCUCGGCUGCACUGUUGCCUCCCAGCGCCUGACACCCCUGGCCCAGGGCGACACACUCUGCACCAACCUCACUGUGCCGCUGCAGGCCUCCCGCAACGCUGAUGAUACCUUCUUCGGGGUUCAGUGGGUGCACCCCUGA